AUGGACAGGGGAUGGAAACCUAAUGUUGAUGUGUCACCAGCCUGUCCUCGUUGUGGUUCUUCAAACACCAAGUUUUGUUACUACAACAAUUACAGCUUGACACAACCGAGGUACUUCUGCAAAGGUUGUAGGAGGUACUGGACUAAAGGUGGGUCCCUCCGGAAUGUUCCCGUCGGCGGCGGUUGCCGGAGGAGCAGACGAGGUAAGUCCAUACGCACAUCUUUGUCCACGGGUGGUGUCUCUUGUAGAAGUUCAGGUAAUAAUGGAGCAAUGCUUGUAUCUAGUAGCUCAGAUCCUGGGCCAGGUGUCUCAACCAGUAUUGAUCUUGCCGCAGUUUAUGCUAAUUUCCUUAAUCAGAAGCCACAACCAGAGCUGCACGUAGAUAUUCCCGGAUUGUUAUAUGAUGGUAUUCCGUCUUUCGACUACAUGGCAGCUGGUUUAGGUCAACAGAGUGGAUGCGAGAUUCUUUCUGAUAAGUCAUUAGAGAUUCAUGCGGGCAAUGGAAGUGCAAGAUAUUUUUGUGGGCUCGACUCAUUUGAUCAGAAGUUUCAAUAUAAAACUGAUCAUCAGUUAAUUACUAGUAUGAACGACCUGAUGAACAAUUCUCCAUUGCCACCAUUGCCUGGUGAAGAUGUAGAAACUUCUGAAGGGAUGGUGGGGUCCAGCUUUGACUUAAUGUUGCCAAAUCACGUAUUUCAGUCAAGUGCUCAAACGGCAGGGAUUGAACAAGAUUCAGAACAGCUGAAUGAAAAUGGGAACCCAUUUAGCAUGUUGAAUCUUGAAGCCAUUUUCAGGCCUUAA